CCCAACCGGUGGUACGCGUACCACUAGUGGUACGCGGGAGCUUUUCAGGUGGUACGCGUGCAGCUUUCUGUUGUAUUCGAUAUAUAUGACAUCACAAUCAUGUUAUUUAUUGACGCUUUUGCAAGAGUUCUUGUUAGAAUAGCCAACUCGUCGCCUGUGAUUGCUUUGCCAAAGUUUUGGCUAAGUAUUUUAAAAUGUCGAAGCGAAAGUAUAGUGAAAAUUAUAUUGAGUAUGGCUUCAUUGCUAUUGAACAUCGAGGAGAUAUCUUACCUCAGUGCGUGAUCUGUAUGAAAACCCUUUCAAAUGCAGCUUUGAAACCAAGUUUGCUUAAGCGACACCUUGAAACCAAUCAUACAGAUAAGAUGAACCGAGAUAAGAGUUAUUUUGAGCGACUUGGGGAGAACGUGAAGAGACAGCGCAUGGAUCACACAGGCCAGUUUUACCAAAAGAAUGCGGGGAUUGUAAAGGCAUCCUACGAAGUAUCUCUUCUGGUGGCCCAACACAAAAAAGCUCAUGUCAUUGCAGAGUCUCUUAUUUUGCCUGCAGCUAAGAUAUUAGUCGCAUCGAGGAAAUGUCAGUUGAUAUUACUGACCAGGUGAUUGCAGGAGUAAGAAAUUCGAAGUUUGGAUUUGCCUUACAACUUGAUGAAUCGACAGAUGUCACAAACUGCUGCCAACUGCUUGCCUACGUCCGCUUUAUUCAGAACGAUACUGUAAAAACGGAAUUAAUGUUGAAUCAUGAGCUGUCUACUACAUCAAAAGGAAAAGAUAUUUUCAACUCUUUGGAUAAUUUUUUCAAGGAAAAUGAAUUAGAUUGGGGAAAUCUUGUCGGAUGUACCACGGAUGGGGCUCCCUCCAUGCUCGGCAGAAAAUCUGGAUUUCAAGCCCUUGUCAAAGCAGUGUCACCUCGCGUCAAAGACCAUGACUUUCAAAACGACCUGCAGGAUGAGGAUUUUAUUGCGAAGUUGGCUUAUUUGUCAGAUAUAUUUGAAACAUUCAAUCACUUAAAUUUGUCAUUUCAAGGGAAAAACUGCACAGUCGCAGACUUUGUUUCAAAACUGGGAGCCUUUAUCAGAAAGCUGAAUUUAUGGAGAAAAAAUGUGGAAAACAAGCGCUAUGGUAUGUUUAAAUUUCUGUCAGCCCUUGAAAUAGAAAUCAGUGAUGACUUGUCCAGAGAAAUUACCCAGCACCUCUCGCUGCUAACUGCUGAAUUGCAGCAUUACUUUCCAGAUACCUCAUGCUGCCCAUACGUCACAGAUCCUUUCUCAGUGGACCCAGCCGACCUACUUGUUGGUACAGGGGAUCAAGAGGAACUGAUAGACAUACAGGAGGAUCUGGAAGCAAAAAAACAAUGCAAAGAAUAUUCUGCAAUAAACUUUUGGCUUAGUAUGGCUUCUUCAUACCCAACGCUAGCUUCUCACGCUAUUCCACAACUACUGAUUUUUCCUUCUACUUGGGAAUGUGAGCAGGGAUUUUCUAUUCUUAUGAACAUCAAAUCAAAAAAUCGAAACCGACUAAGUGCCCCCGGACAUGACUUCAGAUGUGCUAUUAGCAACGUUAUGCCGCGCAUCGAUCAACUGGCGCAAGACAAACAAAAACAAAAAUCCCAUUAAAUUUAGCCGUGCACUUUUCGUUGUUUAUUCUGAUUGGUAAUUUUGGUACAUUCGUUAAAUUUACAUCCUGAUUUAUCAUGUUAUCAUAAUAAAUUGGUUUUGUAAAAUUUGUAUCAAAUUAGCUGUUUCGAAAAUAGUGGUACAUGUUGACAAAUCGUGGUGCCCAAGUGGUACGAGAACGUAAAAAGGUUGGG